AUGUCAAAAAUUGUUCUUUUCUUCCUCAUUGCAACCGUCACAGCCGAUGAAUUAUUGAAAAUUGAACGAUGCUCGCCAUUAUUUGCUGAGCUAAACACAUGCACCCUCGUCAAUUUGCAUUACAACAAAACAAAUUUCGAGUUUAUGGCACAUUAUGAUCCCGUUUCUACCUUAAAAGUGCGCGUUUUGAACUCAUCUCUGCCGAAAUUGGGCAAAAAUGGGAUUUGCAUGACCAAAUAUUCGUCCUCGACGGAUUUGAGUAUCACAGAAUUGGACUUGAAAAAUGCUGAAAUUGAAGAAAUACUUCCGACAGCCUUCGAAAAUUGUGUGGCGCUUCAGAAAAUCAACCUAAAAAAUAAUAAAAUUGCAAUUUUAGAGCCCGAGACUUUCAGUAAAAAUCGAGAAUUGCAAAUUAUUGACUUGACGAGCAACUUGAUACGAUCGCUACAUGACAAAAUUUUCGCUGAUUUGACAAAUUUGAAGGAAUUGCGACUUUGCAACAAUUUUCUCGUCGAAUUUGAGCCUCAGUUGAUCGCGAAUUGUGUGAACUUGGAGACACUCCGAUUGGAUUCAAACGAAUUAUUUGACCUAAAAGUACAAAAAAUCACAAAAAAUGAGAAUUUGAAGACCAUUGCAUUUAAUAAUAAUCAACUGCGAUGCGCUAAAAUGCGAAAAAUUGAAGAAAAUUUACGUGAAAAAAAUAUUUUUGUUGAUCCCGAAUAUGAAGGAAGGGCGAAGAUUAUUCCCACGAACGACUCGCAAAUGCUGUGCUUGGAUGAUAUCGCGUGGACAGCUGCUCAUUACGUUUUUAUGUAUGAUAAGGAGACAACAGAUGAUUGA